CCGCCGUGUGGGAUCGCGGUGCGUUCCGAAGCAGAGUUGGCUUGGUUUGGUUUUGCCUCUGAUGAAGAGAGGUGAGGUGGGUUGAGAGUUGAGUUGAGGUGCAGGAACGCAGCAACGCAGCAACGCAGGCCAGGGUUCAUGCUUUGUCGUCGGCUUCGCCGUCAACAUCUGCUGCUGCUGAGGAAGCACGGUGGAUCCAUUCGUGCGCACACGCCUCGUUAGCCAUGACUCCUCCUCCUCACUGCUGCUCCUUCCUCCUCUCUGGGUCCCUCUUCCUCCCCACUACCCACCUCUGAUUUCUGCCUCUCCAGUCGAAGUUUUCCGAUUUGGAUCACGCGUGUGCUGUUUCUGCGCUCUAGGCGUGCUUGAGUGCUACUGCUCGUUCCUGGGGUAGCUCGAGGCUAUGGGGAACACUUUCCGCAAGCUCUUUGACUCCAUCUUCGGCAACAAGGAGAUGCGGGUGGUGAUGCUUGGAUUGGACGCGGCAGGCAAAACUACCAUUCUCUAUAAGCUUCAUAUCGGGGAGAUUCUAUCCACCGUUCCUACCAUUGGGUUCAAUGUGGAGAAAGUUCAGUACAAGAACGUCGAGUUUACAGUGUGGGAUGUUGGAGGUCAAGAGAAAUUGCGGCCUCUGUGGCGGCAUUAUUUCAACAACACUGAUGGUUUGAUCUAUGUUGUUGAUUCAUGUGAUAGAGAACGAAUUGGCAAGGCAGCGACUGAAUUUCAGCAAAUCAUAAAUGAUCCACUGAUGAGGAAUAGUGCAAUUCUUGUAUUUGCAAACAAACAAGAUAUGAAAGGAGCUUUGAGCACUGCAGAGGUCUGUGAACAAUUCGAGCUCUUUAAUCUCAAGAAUCGAAGAUGGCAAAUUCAAGGCACAUGUGCUCCCAAAGGUGAAGGCUUGUACGAGGGGCUCGACUGGCUCGCCACCACAUUAAAACAGAUGCAAGCAGCUGGGAUUUCUACCUCUGUAAAGGCUGCUUGACGUUUUCGUUAGUUAGUUAACUUAUCCUUGCGGAGGAGGGACAUUGUGUUCAAAUUUUAUUUGCCCUUGUAAUUAGUGGCUGGUGCUAAAUCUAUUAGUCUACAUUUUAUGUGUUGAGAGAUAUCAAAUUUUAGUUAAAUAUUUGGCACUCUAGGCUUAGACCAUCUGCAGCAAUAUUUGUGAAGAUUCGUUGCGAUUCUUUAGGGGUUCUUACUUCGCAGCAUCUUUCUGCUUGGUUCGCUUUGUGGGACGUUCACUGCUGCUCUUGCCACCAGUUAGAGGACAAUCACUUCCUUUUUCCUGUUGGGCUGUGUUGUAUUUCCACGUUCCCAAAUGAUUCUUUUGUGGAAAAAUUGCACAGAACAUCGAGCUAGGAGUAUGUAUUAUCCUCUAAAUUUAGUCUUCACUGCUUUGUCCAUAGCCUUUUAUCAGGUUGACCUGA